UGCAGGGAUGGACGUGGGCAGGUUCUGAGGGCCUGUAACACACUGCUGCUUCCCGAGGGGGAGAGGAGGGAUGGAGGGGUCACAGCACAGCCCCUGCAUGGCCACACCUCAGCUCUGGAGAGCAGAGAACCCUGAGAAGGGCAGAGCCAGCAGCCCUGGGCUGCUCUGGCGGGUGCAGGAGCUGGCUGGGCAGGGUGCUGUUCACUCCUGCUGCUGUGUCUGGGUGCCAUUUCUCCGUUGCAGGCUGCGGAUACCCCUGAGUGUGCAGAGCAGCAGGCCAGAGGCUGCUGCCAGGCUGCAGAGGGACUGGCUGGCCCUGCUGGAGCGGCACUGCCAGCCUGGCAGCGCUGCCACCCCGGGGGGCUCCCAGGGGUGCAGCUCCCCCGAAGCUGACUAUGAGGAAUUCAUUGUGCCUGUGGAUGAGCAGAGAGAGGAGACGCCCAGCUUUGGUGGGAAUUCUGCAAGGAGCAGCCUGAGCAAACCUGCAGCUGCCCUGGCAGAGCCUGCAGAGGGGCAGGCGGCCCCAGCUCUGCCACCUGCCCUGGGCAGGGCCGAGGUGCCACCAGCCCCACCUGCCCUCCCACAGCCCUGCAGUGCCCCUCCAGCAGCAAAGAGGACCAAAGCCUUUCACUGGGAUGUCGUUCCUUGUGACAAGAUUCAAAAAUCUGUCUGGGGAUCGUGUGACCCAUGCAAGAGGAAAAUAGAUGUGUGCAGGCUGUGUGAGCAGUUCCAGAUCCAGGACACAGCAGUGCUUCUGGGCAGCGAGCCUCCCGUGAAUCAGCACAUCCUGCUGGACAGAAAAGUUGCACACAACUUCA